AUGAUUACAAAAGAACAUCUGGACGUGGAAGUAGAAGUGGAAGAGGAAGAGGAAGAGGAAGAGGAAGAGGAUGAGGCAGAGGCAGAGGCACCGGCGUAUCCGUCGAAGAAAUCGUCUCAGAAUCAAGAGGGAACUCCCGGAGAGGCGGCACAGCUCGGCAAUUCGGUGCUCUUUCUCGUCGAGACGCGAGCAGAGUUCGAUGAUCUGAAAGAAAUGAUGAAAAGAUUCGAGAGU